CGUUUUAACCGUAUUUGGUGCGUUCCAUUUUUUUCACCGAACGCGGGAAACGCGGCUGAAACGAACGAACUUACCGUCGUUAGAGCGAGAGAACGAACGAUACAAUGGCGGAUCUUCCGGAGGAAUUGGUCGUUGCGGGGGGAAAAGAUUUCAUCCAACAAAAUAUCCUUCACGUCCAACGUUCCUCCCCGAAGGAACCCAAGCAGCGAUCCGUCGACACUCGUCGCGGCGACACGCGUGAUUUGAAGUACAGCGGGUUAAUUCCGAUUUACGUGCACAAGAAAAAUUAUGGGAAGGUACCGAGAUUCAUCGCGGCUGACGCAAGAGCAGCCGCCAUGGGCGUGGAAACGACGGAACGCCGUGAUCUCGAUGAAGAUAAGAUGCCCGAGAUACCCUCGUGUCGAUAUAUCGACAAAGAGGAACGGAAGGCGUUGUUGGAUGGUAUGAAAGACAAGUGGGGAGACUUGAUGGAGCAAUUCCAAAGACUGCCGUUGAACGUCGCGGUGGCGCACGUACAGAAGAGGAAGUCCCGGCUGGAGCGUGAAUUGCAACAGCUUGAGAAGGAUAUCGCACUGAUCGAGCGAUAUCCGCACAUGUACGUCUAUGACGUCCUCGAUGACGUAAAACAAUGUGAACAACGACACUUCCACAUCGUACAGAGAGAGGAACCGAGAUGUAUCCGUCCAAAUUAAUUUGUAUCGUCGAUAUCAUGUUGCCAAAGAUGCCCGUAAAUUAUACGUAAAUAGAAGCAUAAGGGAUUGAGGUA